GCAGGUAGCCAAUGAACAACCAGUUCAAUUAUCUGUAAUUAAAAUAUAACAAUAAUAUACACAUGUUUAGUUACAAAGUUACAAAAACAGUUGUACAAUUAAUUACAAAGAAUUUGAUACAUUAAUUUAAUAUUAUAAUAAAAAUGAACGCUUUGCGUUCAUUGGCAUUUGUCCUAAAUAGAGGGUAUAAACCUGCUCAAUUAGAAACUAUAAGAUUUAUAAAACGAUGGGUUGCACCAACACAAAUGGUAAUUACAAAAAGGAAAAGAGAAUUAGGGCCGCAGGUAGAAUAUAUUCGUAGUAAUUUUCUGGAAUGGAACAGAAAUGCAGAACUUUAUGCAUUUAACGAAAGACUUAGUGAAAAAUUUGAUCCAGCAUUACUGGAACAAGCAUUGGUUCAUAGAUCUUACAUUAUUAAAGAAGAAGAAAUUCAGAGACAGCAAGGAAUAUCAGAUCCUAAACUUGAUGUAACAGAUAAUAGAAAUCUUAUACAAGAUGGAAGAAAAUUUAUUUCUAAAGUUGUACAGAAAUAUUUGUUUGAAAGUUUACCAAAUUUACCGGACGAUGGUAUUAUGGGUAUUCACAAUUAUCUCUUAAGCGAAGAAUCAUUGGCUAAUUCAUCUUUACAUAUUGGAACGACAGAUUUAAUAUUAACUGCAGAACAUCCUGUAUCAAACAAAACAUUAGCUGAUACGUUUAUUGCGCUUGUAGCAGCUCUUGUGCAAAGUGUUAAUGCUAAUCAUGCUGCAAUAUUUGUUCGUGAUUUUUUGAUAACGAUAUUAGCAGAAAAAGAACUGCCUAAUAUAUGGUGCCCAAGCAACCCUCUACAAGAAUUAAAUGAUAUUCUUUCAAAAGAAGGCAGAGGACCUGCAGAACCAAGAAUCAUUGCAGAAAGCGGAGUAAAUACUCUUUUAUCCUCGUAUCAUAUUGCAGUUUAUUCGGAUAAACAAUGUUUAGGUAUUGGAUGCGGUGCAAAUAUUCAUGAAGCAAAAGAAGUGGCUGCAAUUAACGCCUUAUGCAAAAUAUAUGGAUUGUUAGAUUCUAGUCGUCCUUUAAAAUUUGACAAAGUUAUUGAAAUGGAUUAGCAAUAGAUGGUAUGAUAGAAAUUUUUAAAAUAGUAAUAUGAAAUAAGUGAAAAAAUAUAUAAAUAAAUAAAUAAAUAAUAAAAAAAGAGAUAUAUAAAAAUGCAUAUAAUUAUUUACACUAAAUUGUAAUACAAGUUUAGAAGUUAUUAACUGUGCACGCUGAUUGGCUCGUUCUUGAUUGGUUAGAGCCAAUAAGAAUUGAGGAUUUAAUCGCGACGCCAUCUACCGUAAAGAUCAACUAUCACAACUUUUAAACAGACGAUAGUAAAUCUAAGUUACGUAUAAACUAUGAUAUAUCACAAGAAGAGGAAUGUGCAAUUAACUCAUUGUUCUGCUGACUAAUGAACGUUGCUCGGUUGGAAAACUUUGACGAAGUUUUUAUCGAUAAUGACAAGAUCAAGCUAGAAAAAAAUUAAAGUCUUCGUUUACGUCGUUGACGAUUACAUCAAAA